AUGGCUCUACCUUGGAUCCGAUAUAUCUCGGCAAUAUUCUUCUUAAUUUGGUAUAUUGUCAUCCUCUUAGUAGGUUACAGUGGAUUUUUUGAAAUAUUAAUAAAAUUUAAAAAUCGUAAAGUCCUACCAUUGAAAAAGAAUAAGGACAAAAACAACAACAACAACAACAACAACAACGAGGAGGAGGAGGAGGAGGAUGAAGAGUUGGCAACACUUGAAGGAGUUACGAUAAUCCGGCCUAUCAAAGGAAUAGAUCCGGAGCUAAGUUCUUGUUUAGAAUCAUCAUUUUUGCAAAACUAUCCAAGAGAUAAAAUUCAAUUGUUGUUUUGUGUAGAUAAUCCCCACGAUCCAAGUAUACCACUUAUACAUAAGCUAAUCCAAAGGUACCCUACGAUAGAUGCUGAGAUAUUGAUAAGCGAAAAUUACAAUGAAGAAUUGAAAAUAAGUCUGGAUCACUAUGGUCCUAACCCCAAAGUCAAUAAUCUAGCUAAAGGUUUUAAAAGAGCGAAAUUUGAUAUCUUGUGGAUUAUGGAUAGCAACGUUUGGGCAAGUUCUAAUAUAUUGAGAAAUUCAGUUAUUACGUUAAAUUCAAAUUUGAAUAAUGGCAGAAGAGUGAGUAAUAGUAGGCCGGUGAAAUUAGUACAUCACGUUCCAUUGGCCAUAUACAUUGAUGAACCAAGCUCCACCACCGGCAGUAAUAAUGCAAUGAAUGACGAUUUUGAGAAUAGAGUUACUCCAGUUGCAUCGGAUGAGGAUUUCUCGGAUACGUCCCAAGUUUCCCAGCUAACAAACAGAAAAGUAUCCAAGUUAUAUUCACAAUCAAAAUCAAAAAACUCCAUCAACAAUAAAAAGAAGAAGGAGCUGGGGAUAAAAAACAUAGGUGCUAAAUUAGAUGAAAUGUUUCUUCAUACAUCGCAUUCAAAGUUUUACGUUUCAUUAAAUAAUCUUGCAAUUGCUCCGUGUGUUAACGGAAAAUCCAACAUUUAUCGAAGAACAGAUUUGGAUCAGUCAGUCAAACUUAUUCCAUACAAGGACUCGGAAUUUUUUCGUGACGCCAAGGUAAAACAGGAUGCUUAUAAAUAUACUAGGGAGUCAAUUGCUGGAAAUGCAAUAAAAUUAUUUGCAAGAUAUAUCGGGGAGGAUAACAUGAUCGGUAUAGCCUUGUGGGAGAACUGUAAUGGUCGUACUGGGCUUACUGGCGAUGUCGUGAUCCAGCCGCUUUCUUCCAAGGAUAACUAUUCCAUAAAAGAUUAUAGCCAAAGAAGAGUACGGUGGUUGAGAGUUCGGAAAUAUAUGGUAUUAUUGGCAACUUUGAUUGAGCCAUCAACAGAAUCGAUAGUAUGUGGCAUAUAUGGAACAUACGCCAUUUCCACAUUAUUCUUACAACAACAUCCUUGGUUUUCAUUACGGGUGUUUUUUGUACAUAUGCUAAUUUGGAUGGCUACUGAUUUUGUUCAGUAUAAUAUUUUGCGUCAUCACGUUAAGCAUCAAAUGAAUGAUAUUAUAUAUUUACCUCAGUGGAUGAAAAAUAUUCAUAUGGUUUACCCAACUAAGGGCUUUUGUGUAUGGUUGUGUAUUUGGUGUAUUCGGGAGAUUUUGGCCUUACCUAUAUGGAUUAUUGCAAUGUUUGGUCAUGAGAUAGAUUGGAGAGGUGCUCCUUUUAGGAUUAAGAAGGACUUGACGGCGGAAGAAUUAUAG